CUCAGACUUAAUCGGGCUCAUCUUCAAAUUCAAACCGGGGUCGAGUCAACAAUUCCAGCCCCAUUAUGUACUCUGAACUGAAACCCAACCAAAAGCAAAUGAGACAGCGAGGAAACCGAGACACACACAACCCCAAACACAAAAGCUUUGGCAGUGACUACUGAGAAAUGAAAACCCUCAAUAACCAUGGCUGCUGAGAAGCUGCUUCUCUAUCUCUUCCUUCUAGUCCUGCGUUUUAUAUCUUCUAUGUCCAUACACACCAUAACCGUAAACCAAAUUAUUAAAGAUGGCGCCUUUCUAAUCUCCCAAAAUAACACUUUUGCUUUAGGAUUUUUCAGCCCCGGUAGUUCUAGCUAUAGAUAUCUUGGAAUUUGGUUCCACAAGGUUCCGGGACAAACGGUGGUGUGGGUCGCUAAUAGGAACAAUCCCAUCAAUGGCUCCUCUGGGUUUCUCUCCAUCAACCAAUAUGGAAACCUCGUCCUCUAUGCUAAUCGUGACCAGAGAUCUCCGGUAUGGUCUACCAAUAUUUCCGUGGAAGCAACGGGUGAUUGUGAGGCUCAGUUGCUGGAUUCAGGAAAUUUAGUUUUGUUCCGAGGAGGCACAAGUAAAACAAUUGCAUGGCAAAGCUUUGAUUAUCCUACAAAUACCCUGAUACGAGGAAUGAAAUUUGGGUGGGAUAAAGAAACGGGUUUGAACAGGUUCCUAACAUCAUGGAGAUCUGCAAAUGAUCCUGGAAGUGGAGAGUACUCCGUUAGGCUCAACCCAAGUGGCUCGCCACAGUUCUUCCAAUACAGAGGUGCGAAUCAUUACUGGCGCAGUGUUCCAUGGCCAUGGAAAAAAAUAGCAAACAUUUACAACUACAGUUUUUUUAACACAGAAGACGAAAUAUACUUCAGAUAUAGUUAUAGCGAUCCCUCUGUUACAAUAAUAAUGUUGGUGGACGAAGCAGGAUUUGUAAAAUGGCUAACAUGGCAUGAAACCGAAGCUCAAUGGAAGGAAUUCUGGUCAUCUCCAAAGUACCGGUGUGACUGGUAUGGAGUUUGUGGUGCUAAUAGUAAGUGUGAACCCAAUAAUGUUAAUACAUUUGAAUGUACUUGUUUACCUGGUUAUGAACCCAAGUUUCCAAAGGACUGGCAUCUAAGAGAUGGGUCAGGUGGGUGUGUAAGGAAGCGCCUUCAAUCUUCGUCUGUGUGUGGGCAUGGAGAAGGGUUUUUAAAAGUGGAACAAGUCAAAGUUCCUGAUACUGCAGCAGCGAUUUGGGUAGACAUGAGCAUGAGUCACUUAAACUGUGAACGCCAAUGCAAGGUGAAUUGUUCAUGCUCUGCAUAUGCAAGCAUACCCAUUGCUGGGAAAGGCACGGGUUGUUUGGCUUGGUAUGGAGAAUUAAUGGACAUAAUAAAUUUCUCAGAUAACAGUGGCUAUGAUCUGUAUAUUCGUGUUGAUGCACUUGAAUUAGCUGAGAAUAGAAAGAAAUUCAAUGGUUUUCUUCAAACGAAGGGAAUGUUGAUAGUUGUGGUGCUAUCUUUCAGUUCAGUAUGGCUUGUCAUCAUUAUAUUCGUCUAUUUUUGGUUCUGCAGGAGGAGAAAAAUAGGUACAAGGAAGAAGAGACUAAACAGAAAGUUAGUUGAUGCUAGUGUUGGUUCAAAUUAUUAUGAAGAUUCUUUGGGGGAAAGUGGGUUAAGAGGAAGUAGGAGUCCACCAGACUUGCUAUUUUUUCAUUUCAGCACAAUUCUUGCUGCUACUAACAAUUUUUGUGCAACCAAUAUACUUGGACAAGGUGGAUUUGGCACUGUUUAUAAGGGUAAGCUAUCUAAUGGACAGGAGAUAGCUGUAAAAAGAAUGUCCAAAAGUUCAAGACAAGGAGUCGAAGAAUUCAAAAAUGAAGUUAUGUUGAUUGCAAAACUUCAGCACAGGAAUCUUGUGAAACUUCAAGGUUGCUGCAUGAAGAAAAAAGAACAAAUGUUAAUAUAUGAAUAUUUGCCAAACAAAAGCUUGGACUCAUUUCUUUUUGAUCAAGAAAAGAGAUUUUUUUUGGAUUGGACAAAGCGCUUCAAUAUUAUUAUUGGGAUUGCUCGUGGCAUUUUAUAUCUUCAUCAAGACUCAAGAUUAAGAAUCAUCCAUAGAGAUUUAAAGAGUAGUAACAUUUUAUUGGAUGCUGAGAUGAACCCAAAAAUUUCAGACUUUGGCAUGGCAAGAAUAUUCAAAAGCGACCAAAUUCAAAAUAAGACGAAUAGAGUUGUUGGGACAUAUGGUUAUAUGUCACCAGAGUAUGCUAUAUUUGGAAAAUUUUCAAUAAAAUCUGAUGUGUUCAGUUUUGGGGUGAUAUUAUUAGAGAUUAUAAGUGGAAAGAGAAGCAAUGGCUUUCACCAAGAGGAUGCGUCCUUGAGCUUGAUAGGACAUGUUUGGGAGUUAUGGAGAGAAGGCAGAGCAUUGGAGAUAGUUGAUUCAUCGCUGGAGGAGUCAUAUAAUCCUUAUGAAGUGUUGAGAUGCAUACAAAUAGGACUCUUGUGCGUGCAAGAAGGUGCAGUGGAUAGACCUACAAUGUCAGCAGUUGUUCUAAUGUUGAGUAGUGAGACAACUCUUCCUUCUCCUAAACAACCUGCUUUCAUUUUCAGGACAUCUUCCAACACCAGCAGCCCUAGAGUAGGGGAAGGAUCCAGUUCUGUAAAUGAAUUGUCAAUUACUGCAGUUGCAACAAGAUAGUUUUUGCAUUUUUGCGCCAUGAAUCAUAUCAAUAUUAUAUCUAAUGGAGAUGUAUUAUACAGCCAUAUCAAUAUGAAAUUUUUUGCCUUUUAACCA